GAACAAGAUAAAAAAAAACAUAAUCCUAAUAGAUCGGAGAGCCAUUCACUUGUGGCGGAAUGAAUGACCGCGGCAGAAAUAUGAUCGGUGUUCCCUCAUUAUCCUUCUCCGCCACGCCCUCAAUAUUUUUGCUCCCAUUCUUCACAUACACCACCCAAUGCGGCAACCGGCGGAGUAGAUAUCCGGUGGUGGUUCUUUUUUGCCCUGUAGGGAGGAGGAACGCAACGCCGCCACCGACCCCGCCGGUUGUGUCCACAGUGAAAAAGGCAUAACCUUUUGUUGAGGCAUAUAUACAGCCCACGCCGCCGCAAUGUCCGCUCUGGCCCCGCCCCCGCCCCCGGAGACCGGGCCAGAAGUCGACCUGGAGAAGCUGGGGGAGAUGGUGGUGUGCUUGUCGGAGACGAUAUACCGGUCGAACGGGGUGUGGGAAGGCCCCGACCCCCUCACCCCCAUCAUCCCCCUCUUCCUUCUCCAAAUAAUGGUCGCCAUUUUCGCCUCCCGCAUUCUUCAUUUCGCCCUCAAACCCUUCAAUCAACCUCCCAUUGUUGCUGAUAUCUUAAGUGGUUUACUUUUGGGGCCGAGUGUGUUUGGAAGGAUAGACAGAUUCCGGAGGGUAAUUUUCCCCAACUACAAUUUUGAAGUCAUUGAGACAAUGGCCCAUUUUGCCCUUGUCCUCUACGCCUUCAUCGCCGGCAUCCAAAUGGAAAUCAAACCCCUCUGGAAGACCGCCGCCAAAUCCAAGGUCGUCGCCGUUUCCGGCACAAUCUUCCCUUUCUUCGCCGGAACCGCCCUGUUCUUCGCCCUCCCCGGCACCACCGGAACACGUGCGGGCUUCAUCUACUGCGCCGUUGCCCUCACCGUCACCGGCUUCCCCGCCUUAGUCGGAAUUCUCGACUCCCAAAAGGCCCUCCACACCGAAGUCGGCAAAAUCGCCGUGUCCUCCGCGAUCAUCAAUGACGCGUUGUCGUGGUUUUUCCUCUCCCUCGCACUGAUGAUCACGGGGAGUUCGUCGAACUUCCCGUGGGCCCUGAUAUGCACCGCCGUGUACGUGACGUUUUGCGUCCACUACGUGCGGCCGGGCCUCGAGUGGGUCAUCGGGAAGAAGCCGGAGGGACAAGGGUAUAGCGAGUUCUACAUCUCCGCCGUCCUGGUCGGGGUGGCGAUGUCCGGGUGCGCGAUGGACGCGAUCGGGACCCACCCGAUGAUCGGGGCGUUCCUGUUCGGCCUCGUCAUUCCCGACCAGGUCCUCGAGAACGAGAUCCUGGACAGGCUCGAGGAUUGGGUGACGGGGAUCCUGAUGCCCAUUUUCUACGUCGUUUGUGGGCUCAGGGCCAAUGUCCGUGUCAUCACCGACGGCGGGACCGGCAUCGGCACCGUCCUAGUCCUCAUUCUACUCGCCUGCGCAGCGAAGGUUGUCGCCGCACUUUUCGCUUCUUGUUUGACUGGCAUGACGACGAAGGAGGCGAUCGGCGUCGGCGUGCUCACUAACACCAAAAGUGUCAUGGUCAUGGUCAUCCUUGAAAUCGGCCAAGUAGAACAGGUUUUGAGCACGCAAGCAUUCACCAUAAUGGUGAUUGCGUCAUUGGUGAUGACAAUGGCCGUAACGCCCAUGACGGCCAUAUUGUGUCCCACACAAAACAUGGUGCCCUACAAACGUAGGACCAUACAAAUGGCGAAACCAGGGGAGGAGCUGAGAAUCAUGGCGUGCAUCCACGGCACCGGCAACGUCGCCGGAGUGAUCAGCCUCCUGGAAACCUCUAACCCCACAAAAGCGUCCCCCCUCGCCGCCUACGGCGUGCAGCUGCUGGAGGUCGUGGGGCGGGCUCCGGCGAUGCUCGUGGUCCACAGCUCGGGCUCCGGGCGGCGGGCGGCGGCCGGAGGGCACAAGAACCUGACCAACGAAGAGGCGCAGACGGGGCAGAUCAUCAGCGCGUUCGACAACUUCGAGCUCCGGUCGGAGGGGGUGAGCACUCAGGUCUUGACGGCGAAGUCGGCGUUCGCGACAAUGGCGGAGGAUAUCUGCAGGAUCGCCGUGGAGAAGCGGGCGUCUCUCGUCGUCCUCCCUUUCCAUAAACAGCUCGGCGACGGCGGGGAUAUCGAGGAGGCUGAUCCGGCGAUUCAGAGUGUGAACGAGGAGGUUCUCAACUUCGCCCCUUGCUCCGUCGGGAUCUUGAUACAACGCGGCGGCCGUCCGGAUCGGUCGAAGAACAUUGCCAUGCUAUACCUCGGAGGCCCCGACGACAGGGAGGCAUUAACCUACGCCCAGCGGAUGUCGGGCCACCCCGACGUUCGCCUGACCGUCAUCAGGUUUGUUCCCGGGAAAGAAGGAACCGACGGGGAGGCAGAGGAGGGGCAGAGCUUCGUGUCCAUCGGCGUGGAUGACGCCGAUCUGGAGAAAACGGCGGACGAGGAUUUCCUCAGAGGGUUCAAAACGGCGACGGCGGAGAACCCGGCGGUCACGUUCGUGGAAUUGGCGCUGGAGGACGAGGAGGAGUUCACGAAGGCGGUGAAGUCGCUGGACGGCCGGAACUACGACCUGUACGUGGUGGGGCGGGGGAGAGGGGUGGGGUCGUCGCCGCUGACUUCCGGGCUGGCGGAUUGGUGCGAGUGCCCGGAGAUCGGGGCCGUGGGGGACUUGCUGGUGACGUCGGAGUUCGAGUCGUCGUUCGCCGUGCUGGUGGUGCAGCAGUAUUGCCGGACGAACCGGAGCGCGGCGGGGUCGAUGAUCUCGCCGGAAUCUGUUAGCCAGCGAUUCGACGGCGAUUUGGGGCAGAUGGAUAUGGGGUUCCGGAUGUCGUUCGGGGAAGCCGACGGCGCGUAUGAUUCCUCUGGUUCCAGCUUUACCCGGAGGCACGAUCAUCAUCACCAUCAUCAUCUAGUUUGAUCCCACCUUUAUUUUUCAUUGUCUUUUUGUACCCAGAAAUAAAUUUUAAGUAUUUGU